CGUUAGUUUGGUGCUACAGUAACGUUAUUUACACUGAAUCAUUCAGCAUAACGUUUGCCAACCUUUGUUAUCUCUGCGAUUACAGAUAAAUUCAUGAAGCUAAGCUCCAGAAGUUAACGUUAGUUUAACUAGAGCCCUUUGGACAACAGCUAACAAUGAUGUACGAUCACCAAAGUACAAAACUAGAACAAAAUAGGCUAAUGAACUCCCAGCAAACAAGGUGACAUGAUGAACGAUGCAGCUAGGAGCUUACGUUAGGCUAACUUUAGCUAACGUUAGCCAGAAAUGUUAAAGAUAACUUUAUAUUUCUUUCCAGCAAAGUGACAAUACGUUGCCUCAAACACGAUGUUGACUUAUCUUAGAACAGAUGUAGACAUCCUUGUUAAUCUUAUUCACGUUGAGUUGAUGUUGUGGUCUACCGUUACCACACAACUUUAACCAAAGGAGACACUUUUCUCGGUUGAGAUGUGGUUUAAGAAAGUGUAAAAAAAUACACCCCGUCGCCCAGCCUGUUAGGAUACCUUGUGUCGGAGUUGCAUGUACCCCAUGCACACUGUUUGACCAUUUUUAAACUUAAAAUCUCCGAAAAAGCUCAUAAUACCGAUCAAAACUGACUUUCUGUAAUGCAUUUCAAUGAACGUCCAGGCUGAGAAUGUCCGAGUGUAUGGGAAUGGCUAUACGCACAGUGAUUGGCUCAUCGCGUUUGAGGGCGGGACUUAGCCAUAGGUCAAUUCUAACUGUUGUUGAUCUAUUUUUGUGCAGUUCAGCAACAAAUAUAUUUUUCUAAAUGAACGUUAAAUUUCAGCUGUAAUAGUGCAGCCACCAACAGUUCACCUCAUUUUUUUUCUCACAGCUGUAACUUUUGAGAUAAAAGCUUGUUAGCAAUGCUAAAUCAAAGUGAGAUUGGACACCUGUCAUGUCUGUGUCACCAUUUCUGUCCUCUUUCCUAAACAUUCAAAUAGUGCUAGCAGCAUGGUGCCGGGCAGACAAUGUUGAGCCGUCAAGAAAAACAAUGAUAUUGUCUCAUAUUGAUCGUAUGUCCCUAAAUUGAAUAUAAUCGUAAUCAAAUAUUCUAUCGUUUUGCUUCGCACUGUGCUAUGCCAUGCCACACCACACCAGGGUCAUCCCUAUGUUUCCAGGGUUCUAUGUUUCCAGGGUUCUAUGUUUCCCGGGUUCUAUGUUCCCCACUUAACCCUGCAAAAAAAAGCUUCUAUGUUCCCUGCUUACACAAAAAGGGUUCUAUGUUUCCUGCUUGGUUGAGCAGGCAACAUAGAACCCGGGAAACAUAGAACCUUUUUUGUGUAAGCGGGGAACAUAGAACCUUUUUUGCAGGGUUAAGUGGGGAACAUAGAACCCGGGAAACCCAGAACCCUGGAAACAUAGAUAUGCUCCCCACCACACCACAGUGUAUUUGUAUCGUAUCGUAUCUAGCAUGAGAAAACUUGUAAUUUACCCCCCUCACAACGUGUCCUAACUGGAUGCAAGCAUUGCUCAGCAUUGCGUUACAUCGAAUGCUCUCUGUCCACACUGGAUCCACAAAAUAUGGAACUCCGACAUGUCAUGUAAACAAACCAUGUCACUAGCAGCUGUGCGCUCAGUAACGACUGAAAAGAUGGCCGAGUAUGUACUUCCUAAUUAUAUUGUUGUAGUUCCUAUACUAUGUCAUCUCCACUUUCUAAAACAAGCAAGCUUGCUAGCAUCCCACACAAGUCCUACCAGAAACCUUCAUCUUCCUGACAAUCUCCCUCCAAGCAGAUGCCAACCUUUUUAUAUUUUUGUAGUGAAAGAAGGAGGUAUCCUGUAGGUAAUUCCUCAGCUAAACCUCGUGAGUCAGCCGUUCCUUGUCCAUUGCAGUGCUUCCAAUGCAAGCAACAGAAUAAAAAUUGAAAUAGGGUGUCCACCAAAAGUUCAGCUCAAAAUGCCAUGCUACAUCGCGCCGCGUCGCUCGUGGGCGGAUAGGACAGUCAAACAGAAAACAAUGCAAUCAAACUGAUUUAGUUAUGACGCUUGCACGCGUCACACCCAGUUACUAUGUGGUGUUACAGGGUAAUGUAACACUGAAUGUCUCAUCAUUUUCCAAGAGUCUUGAGCCAGGGCCUUGGCCUCCACCCAGCGACUACAGAUGAAAAUGAGCUUUUAACUAUAUCUAAUACAUGUAGCCUAUUGUGCUUUGUCCCUGCUAAAUAAACAACAAAAUAAAUAAAUAAAUAAAGGACCUGACUGUGAGCGAGUGGAACAGGCUUUUUUAACAGAGGACUGUUCCACAUGCCACAGUAGGAAAAGCACAGGUGUAAAUAAAAAAAUGGCUGUAUUCCUUUCAGGGUCUGGGUAUAGUUCAUGUUGUCUCACCGUCAUGAUUUACCAGGACACUUGCAUAGAACUGAGCCAUUGUUACAUUUAAAGGCUCUCUAAGUUUUUGUCACAUACAGCAAACAUCUCCUCACAAUCCGCUAGCUACAUGUCCUCUGAAUAUGCUGUGAAAAAGUCCGGUCUCUAUAGGCAGCCCAGGCUCCGCAAAUGGCAACAAAAACAUUUUGGCUUAGGAAGACUUAGAGAGCCUUUAAUGGUAACACCAGUCAAAAUAUCUGCUGUGAGACCAGCCUAAACAGGACUAAAGACAGAAAACAACAAAUAUAAAUCCUGGUGAGAUAGGCUAUGCUGACACAACAUUGCAAUGGUAUUGUUUUCACCUUCUGUGUGUGUGUGUGUGUGUGUGUGUGUGUGUGUGUGUGUGUGUAAGAGAAGAAAAUUCACACUGUCCUAUUACUUGCAAUAAACUUUAUUUAAAUACACAUGAUUCUAAGGUGCUGGAAGGAGCCUCAAACUCCUACUCUGUUGGAAAAAUGAUUUGGUUAAUGAACAAUGGGACAGUUUGUCUGGAGGGAACAAUCUGUUCAAGUAAAGACAGAUGAUGCGGUAGAGUAUACUCGUAAGUGACAUGUUACACUAAUGAUUGGCUCACCACUGUGACUGAAUAGUGACCUUUCCUGUAUUUACGUCUGUCAAUAUUUUCUAGACUUCCUGCCAUUUUUUUUUAAUGUCAUUUUAUUUUGUUAAUGAUUGUCAUGUUAACAAAUGUAAUACAAUUUUGAAUUAUGAAAAAUUAAACACGUCUGAAGCACAAUAAUGAAACAAAGACAUUACUUAAAACAUUUAUUUCAUAUCUUAAAAUUACGGUCAUUUACAGCAUUACAAAACAGAGAAACUCAGGUCCAGAAAGGUCCAGUGUGUAGGAUUUAGGGGCAUAUCUUGGCAGAUAUGGAAUAUAAUAUAAUAUAAUAUAAUAUAAUAUAAUAUAAUAUAAUAUAAUUAGUAUGAUUUCUUUAUUGUAUAACCACCUGAAAAUAAGAGUUGCUGUGUUCCCUUUACCUCAGAAUGAGCUGUUUAUGUCUACAUAGGGAGUGGGUCAUCAUUUAUGGAAAUCGCCAAUGUGCGGAGCAGGAGUUACACUGAUAUGGAACUUGAAACUGCUUUAUUCAGUGUUUCUAGCAGUUUAAAUCACCUGGUCCAUUUGUUUUGGAGAAGAAGGGUACUCUGUGAAUAGCUUGGCUUUCGGUUAAGACCCUCUGAACGUCUGGAUCUUAUGUUAUGUGAGGAAAAAAAGUGACCACACAUUAGCAUGUGUUGGACUAGCCACCCACAGCUUGCCAAACUGCGUCUGAAAUAAACAUAUUUGAAACAUGAAAGUGUGUUAUUCAGUGUUUUACUGGUUUAAUUCAAAGGGUCAAUUUGUCUUGGAGAGGAAGAGUCCUCUGUGGUUAAUUCAGCUCAUGGAAAAAAAAAAACCCCUGAACGUCUCGAUUAGAAAAAGGUGAGCACAUAUUAACUUAUCAGAGUAAAGGGGUGAGCACACUAUUGCAUGUUGUGGGCGAGUCUUGAGAAGCCAGAUAGUGCUGAAGAUGCACUGAUUUGAAACUGUUCUAUUCAGUGUUUUAGUGAUUCUAAUUGCCUGGUCUGUUUGUUUUGGAGAAGAAGGGACGUCUGUGGAUAUUUUGGCUCCCAAUAAAAACUUUCUGAAUCACAAACACUCAAAGAAUUCUCGCCAGGACAAGUUUCUGCUGGUUGCAAUCUGCAAUUCAUGGCUAGACGCCACCAAAUUCCCCUAAAUCGUACACAUUUCACCUCAGUGCUAUUUUUGACCGCUAUUUUACUUUACUUUUACUCACAUUUUAGUCGUUUUCAUCCUUCAUAGUUUUAGCCUGUUUUAGUCAACAAAAAUUCAAAACAUUUUAGUCAACUUUUAGCCAUUAUGUUUUCUAUGUUUUUUUUGUUUUUUUUUAAUCUUUAAACUAAUCCAAUGAGGCUAAUCCAUGUAUCAUAAAUUAGAAUCAAGGUAACGUUGUAUAAAAAAUUUAUAUUAGACAUUUUUUUCUACAACUACAAAUAAUUUCUGCACACUUACAAGCUGUCAUUUCUCCAACAGUGUUUGACAGGUUUAAGGGGUGAUUUAGGAGCACACACUUACUGAUCAUCAUUUGAAAAGCUCAACAUCUCUCUAGUUAUGCUCUCAAAUCUUUGACACCACAAACAACUAAUCUGAGACAACUAAGAUUUGUACCCACAUUCAUUGUAAACUCUGACAUCCAUCUCACUGUUAACAAACAGAAAAACAUUUAAAACCUUAAUUCUUACUGUGUAAUAUGCAUUUCCCCAAGCAGUUUUUGAUUUGUUGGGUCAUAUUAUUUUUCAGUGAUUUUAUUAUUUCAUAUUUACUGUUAAUACAAAAAUUGUCAAUAAAGAUUUAAGUGAGAAAAAAAACCCCAAACUCAAGUCUUUCUUAAUCUGCAAUAUAAUAGUCUAGUCUAAUUAUCAAGAACUAUUUUUUAGCUUGUCUUGUUUUGGUCAUGGAAAAAAGGCUGUUGACGAAAAAUGUAUGUCAUUUUUCCUUUAUCAAAUUAACACUGUUUCACCUUUAAAUGACUAAUAAGGCAUCCCUUCUUAGUGAAUGUAAUGCUGUAACAGCUAUCCCAUUGUUACAACCAUACCUGGUCACUCCUACAUUUUGGCAGUUUAGCAAAUUUGAAAUCAGUAUUAUGAGUUGUUUGCUAUGUCAUAAUUAUGACACACUGAGCAAACAAAUAUUUUUAUCCUAACCACUCCUAAUUUCUUGCCUUCAAUAAUGGGCUCGUCAUUCUGUAAAUAGAGGACUGGAUGUGUGAUUUGAUUUUAGGCACCAUUUCCUCAUUAUUGAUAUUCCUGUUUAAAAUAUGUGCGGGUGAGCUUGAUGCAGCUGAAUGAGUGUGUCCUGGCCUGGGUGAGAACUCCAGUCUCGACAGUCACUGUGUAAAUCGUGUCUCUUUAACUGAGGUAUUCUCAGGACGGGGAGGGGGGGUGGAUGGGUUCAUCGGGUUCAUGUAGUAUUGGACGCCUCCUCCCAUUUCAGGUUGGCUGCUUCCCUGGUUCCCUCGGUAAAAGGGGUAGCUGUGAGGCAAGUAGGUGAUGGAAAAUGGCAUGGAAGUUUGCAGUGGAAACGGCUAAAUAGUCGAGCUUGACCUUUUUUCGGGACACAGAAACUCGAUCAGCUGGUGACUCCAAACUAGCUGCCAUUUUCAGGUCAUUCGAGGCAUCUCACUCUAACUUGUUUGUAGCCUGCUGAAUGAAUAAGCCUGCUUUAUUCGUCUAUUAGUCGCCCACUGGGAUGGGGGAAUCGCUUUGUCCUGUGCUGUCUAGUGGUGGAAUAUAAAUCAUGAUGGCUGAUGGAUGUUGCAGAGGGAUGGAAAGAGGCAGGGGUAAGAUUGCAUCAGAUUCUUUACCAAGACCCACAUAUCCUCAGCAAUAUGUCCAGACCGGUUCACAGCAGCAGGGCAAUGACAUCCAGGAGUUAGCCUCAAAACGCGUCGACAUCCAGAAGAAACGCUUCUAUCUGGAUGUCAAGCAGAGUGUCCGCGGACGCUUCCUCAAAAUAGCCGAGGUAUGGAUCGGAAGAGGCCGUCAUGAUAACAUCAGGAAGAGCAAGCUGACGCUGUCUAUGUCGAUGGCUCCCGCUCUCCGCUACUGCCUGGGAGACUUCAUAGAUUAUUAUGCCCGUAUCGGACUGCGGGGGGGCCUCGCGCCUCCGCAGCUCGAGGAGCACAGCAACAACGGCCAGGGCCGCGCGCACGACUCCCGCAGGAGAACGCAGGAGCAGCACGCGGCGCUGUCUCCAACCGGCUCGGCGGUGUCCGACGACCAUGCCCACCGCGUCCUCAAGAGCGAAUUCAUCGAGAGAGACAACAGAAAGUAUUUCCUGGACCUGAAAGAGAAUCAGAGAGGUCGCUUCCUCCGCAUACGACAGACUGUCAGCAAAGGACACGGCACAAUGGGCUACUACGGCCAGGGCAUCGAGCAGACCAUCGUGCUGCCAGCGCAGGGGCUCAUCGAGUUCAGAGACGCACUGUCACAGCUGAUUGAAGACUACGGCGACGAGGAGAGCGACGACCGCGGCCGAACGGGAUCCAGGAAUCACGACAACAAUCCCGAGCUUCCAGAGGCUGCGUCUUUUCGGGUGGACAACAAGAGGUUUUACUUUGACGUCGGGUCUAACCGGUAUGGUGUCUUUUUAAAAAUAAGUGAGGUGCGGCAGCCGUAUAGAAACACCAUCACAGUUCCCCUAAAAGCCUGGGCUAGAUUUGGAGAAAAUUUCAUCAGGUACGAAGAAGAGAUGAGACGAAUUUUCUCCUGUCACAAAGAGAAGAGGAUAGACACACGGCAGGACAGCGAGGAGCAGGAGGACUGACCUUGGCAGUAGGCUGUGUCUGUGCAUUUGCAUGUAUUCGAGGGACUCAGUUAAUGAAAUAUCCAGACAUGACAGUAACCUUAAACAACCCUCUAUGCUACUGUAUGUGUCCCUACGAUAGCCUACUACAGGAUGCAGUGUCCCACCUUAACUUUUUGGCUCAUCUACCAAGGGCUGGUGAAGUACAAAUUGUAACCUGCCAAGAAGUCAUUCAUUCAUAGCCCAAUGCCUAUGUCUGUUUCAGUGAAAUAUGUCAACUAUUCAUUUUCCAGUCUCUUCAUUUCUCAGUGCUAUUUAAUGCACUUUAGUUACUUAGCCAGAGGCAGCCCAAGACUAUUUGGGACCCUGAGCAGAACUGUAUAUUUCCCCAACCCCUCCCCUUUAAAAUGAAGGAGUGUGCUGUAAAUUACAGCACUGUUUAGUUAUAAGGGACUUUUCUUUACUUAUCAGAGAAGGGGGUUGGCUGGGGCAUGACUUCAGUUUUUUUUUUUCACCCUUCCCUGAAGCUACAAAGAUUUUUCCUUGAGGCUCCGUAAGUGACUUGGGGAAAAUGCAUGACCCCUCCUCCACCAUAAAUUCACUACUAGAUAUUUAAAACUUACCAUUUGAUGUUUGAAAGUUAAAAGUUAAAAUCCUGGAAUUGGGGAAAAAAAGCCUCAGUUUUUUUCACUCUUGUUGUUUAUGCUAGGUAGUUCAUGCAGUCAGUUUAUUUUUGGCCAAAUUUUAAAUUAUAUAGAAUAAAGUCAUUUUGAUGAAAUAUCACUAUAUUAAGUUCAGAUUUGGUAAUAUGUCACACAUGAUGUAAAUCAUGAAAAUUUGAAAAUGUAAGGAUAAUUUCUGUUUUUACAGUUUCUGGCUAUGAUACAUGGUGUAAUUUUGGCAAUUUUUAAAAAAAGAAAACAUGCACGUUUUUUUUUUUUAAAAAGGUCUGCAGUAAAAGAAAUACAAAACACAACCAUUUAAAUUUAUAUGCCCCUCCCCUAAGCCAAAAUAAUAAACAUAAGUCCCUUUCCAGUGCUUAAAAAAUAUUUAACAUGCCUCCCACUUUUUGCACCACCCCUCCCACUUCAUAAGUAAUGAACAGUCCCUAAGUGUUGAUAGAAUGUGGUACCUGCUAUACCACUUUAAUAUUUAGCCCCAAAGCAUAUUGAUAAUCAGUUUUAUGGCGUGCAAGUGGGCAGAAAAACUGUCAACCACAACUGAUCACUGAGAGACAAAAAAUGUAACUUAUAUAAAAUGAAUUAACUUAAAAUGUGUUCAUUAUAUAUUGUGCAAAAACAUAGAACAUUUUAGUAAUUACGUUUACAUUUAAAUUGCAACUAUAUAUAUUAAAAAAACAAACAAACAGAGGACCUCACAUGUGGAAGUUGGAUGUUUGGGGGGCCCCCCUGCUGGCCAUAAAGCCCCAAGCAGGAACUUGCUGUUUGUGCAACACACAGUGGCUGUAUCGACUGGUGCAGGCUUACAUAGAAAUUAAUAGACACUGGUGUGUGUUGCCCUUCAGUGGCGGCUGUUUCCUAUACUGGGAGUUUAACAUUAGAUAGUUGCCACAUUUUGAAUAAUACUACAGCACGUGCGCACACACAGACACAGACACACGCACACGCACGCACACACACACACACACACACACACACACACACACACACACACACACACACACACAUGCAGUAGAUGUCAGCAUGUAGAGAUUAGGCUUUCACCUCAACAAUAACUCUGUGGCAAAAUGAAUGCAGGGUUCCACAUUCAUUUCAAUGACCCAACUUUUCCUGCAGUGCAGUGCAAAUUGAGUGUGUGCAAGUGACCAAACCAGGUGGAACACCUUGCAGUGUGUAAGAUGUAGCAAUGUGCCGAUUUGCUGCUUACCUCAAUGGCAUCGAGACAAGGGGAGAAAUGAAAGUGGCAUAGAGUCCAGCCUCAGAGGAGAACCAGGACAGACAGUGCUGUGUAUGGUGGGCUGGUUUUUGAUAAACCUUCACACUGUGACAACACACUAACACAGCCCCUUGCGCUGUUCUGCUGUAGAGCUAUUGUGAGUGAGAAAGCACCAAACAGUUUACGAUGCUUAACAAAGCUUGCAAAGGAGACAAAAAUGAAUCAAAAGAUUUAUGAGUUAGUGCAAUACAUCUCCUUUCUGAAACUAUCUAACACUGGCACUUAGUCCACAAACAUGGUACCGUGUUUGUCAUAUUUGUGUUUCCCUGAGCUGAGUCACGUUCAGAUACUAAUUUUUGAUCUUUCACUUGCUUUGAACAAACACUUGAAAAAUAAUUGACUUGUGACAUGUGCUGCCAGAAUAGUUCACUGUCUGAAUAUAUAUUUGAAAUAUGUCUCUUCUCACCAACCAAAAACAACCCGGUCUUGUUCCGAAGUCGUCAGAUACUGCCGCUUGGUCAUUGAUUUCUGCAUCACGCACAACCGAAAAACAGGCAUCCUUUCGUGGCAAUAUGAUAUGCUGUUGGGAGGCAUCAGUUGAUAACGCCAUCGGAUGGCGUUAGUUUGAAACGCCACCGGACUACAACAUAAUUUAAGGACCUGGAAGGUCCCUAAAGGGCAGACAGGAGGGGUGUUAGAUGGGUCAAACAGCACCAGACUUUCAUCCAGAAGGCAGGUGUUUGCUUCCUCUAUGAAUGUUGAGCCAAACCAUGACGUUUUUAUUAAACCUAACCACAUGCAUUUGUUGCACAAUGAAAUAAACGUAAAUGUGUGGUGUUUUACCAUAGAGUUCUCAAUGGGCCGAAAAGAUUACAACCUGAACCUGGCUGACCCAUUUGAGUUAAAGCCUGAACCUGGUCCAUCCAAGAUCAUCAUAUAAAAUACUGAGCGCGACCCCACAAAAAGCAGUAGAUGGCUUCUAACACCACAGCGGCUGUGUGGUAACGGAAGCCACAUACAUCUCCAUCUGAAGAUGGACCAGCUCAAUAGUUCACUGACUCUCCACAGUCAGUAAGUUUACAUGACAUUAGAGAAAAUCAAUUUAUUGUGUUUGUUCGACUAAAACCAGACUUUUAAAAUAAACGUAAACAUGUUAGUAUGACUGAAAUUGUACUAAAUCGUAUUUCUCAAAGUCAGACUAACACACCCAGAUAAUGCGAUUGGGAGUGGAAUAACUCCUGCAUGUAUACAGUCAAUCAGACCCAAACUGGCCUUGGCACUCUGUGCAUGCUCCACAGUUUGCGCCCUGAGCUUUGACCUGGAAGUCGAGUAGCAUUAAAUGCGUAACAGGAGAAGAAGCUGGUAACAACUUGGAGAAAUCUGCAUCCAGAGCUGUGCAGUACUAAUUUUCAGCUCAAACCCAGUCCGAUCCAUCAGGUUUUUGGGGACCCGUCGGGCUCGGGUUGAGACUGAGAACUCUAUUUUAUUGUUGUUGAACAUUUAUCUUUAAAAAGACUGUAAAAGUAGCAAGUACAUUUCCUGUGAAAACAGAAGUGUAUUUUAAAAACACACAAUGCAUGUUACAGGUGUAAAUUGACACAGCAUCCCAGAACAUCAACAACAGACGCACCCAGGAUACCUAGCGCGUAAUAUAUAGACAUGAAAGUCCACUGACCAAGCGGCGAUGUGUGACAAGCUGGGAGUGAGAAUGUGUUGCCAAAAACCCCGUUCAGGCAGGUAAAAGCAAACAGACAGCGACUGCUGUCUGUAAACACUUAUGUAGAUCUCAUUAUUCUUAAGGAAAAAUGUGUUGCUGUUGUUGUUACAUUAUUUAUACUCUAUGGCAAUUAUAGCCCAACAGCUCACAUUUACACACUUUAGUUUUUCUGAAGGAAAGGUAUUUUACAUGUGUUCUGCUGAACGCUCAAGAUCAUAUGCAGCUUGUCUUCAGUGGCUACAUGGCGACAUUUGGCAGAGCUCACAGUGCAAUACACAAUCAUGAAAGACCUGAGGCAUAAAUGAUGUCCCAGGUUGCAGUAAUGCCAGUAUAGACAGCUAGACUGUUAGAUGGAAGUGUAUGUGUUCUCUCCAGUGAAUUUCAGACAGAAACAUGCAGCUGAAACACAGCCAUCACUGACAGACAAACAAGAAGCAGACCUAAACUGGCUCUGCACUGGCACUUGGAGGAACAGGGUUCCAUCUUUCCAUUUGUGCACCAUUCUUUGCCACUUUGAAACAAUUAUUAAUUUCUUCCCCCCAUACCAGUUGUGAAUAGUUCACCAAAGAGGAACUUCCUUCUCAGAUUUUUUUGGCAGCACGAGGAGGUAGUAUCUUCAGUGAAAAAAAAGAAGAAGAAAAGAAAUAGAACAAAGUCUGAAGAAAUAUAUUUUUUUUCUGCUUUUUUUAUCCUGUUAAUCAUGUCAUGAGCCCUGAGAUUUAUCUUGCCAUCCUGUGGGGUCCGACCCCAAGGUUCUGAACCACUGAUGUAGACAGUCCCAGUGCCAGUUGUAUAGUGAUGCCUUUAAAACUCUUGUGGAUACUUGAAACAUUGAGAAUUAUAAUUUAUAUUAUUUAACUUCAUGCCCCUUACAAUACUACUCACUGAUAAUAUUUGAAAUGAGGCAUCAAAAUGAGUUCUUUCCAAAAUCUACUGCUUCAUAUGUAGGAAAAAUAAUUGAUUUGAUUUUGGAAUAUGUGGUGCUAUGGAAAUGUCUUCAUACAUUUUCUUUUUGUCAUAUAAAGUUGUUGAUGUUAGAUCUAGGACAGCUGAGAUCUACAGCUCUCUGAUGACAUAAAGGUGAAGGUAGAAAGCGGACAGCUCAGUGCUCAUCGACACACUGGGUAGAAAGAUGAAUGGUAGCAUAGAAAGGGCUCAACACAACAUCCUGCCUUUAAACCAUACCAAUGUGCUCAUUUCUGCAGAACCUUGUAUUUUAGUUUUCCCUACUAUCUACUGAUAAGGAAAUGGCAAAGCUGUCUUAAAGUGUCCAUGUCUUACCUGUGUUUUCUUUUUGGCUGUGUGUCUCUAACAAUCCAUGAAGUGCUGCUUCUCCAUUAGAGCUUGAAUGGCGGUUUGCUGUACAUUGAGCGCUGUGUAUUGUGUAUGUGACCUGCACAAAAAAAGAGCUGCUCACUACUGACAAAGAGUCCGAUUCAGACUUUGACUUUGACGCGACAUAUGACUACAGUUACUGCGACUACAGUCUGUAAGGUCAGACACUGUGCCAACUAAAAUCAAGACCUUACAAGUUUUUUUUCUGAUGUAAAAAUUCCUCACUGAGGAAACACUGGGAAUGGAAUUACCUGAACUAAUCCAGACUCACAUGGCUAACUCAAUAUAAUAAACAUUUCCAAGGCAUAAACUCCAUCAGUACAAUAGAGUCAUGUUAUACUAACCACUCUUAACACAAAUACUCUUCUUCUUCGCUAAUGUGUUGCUGUCACUUCUGCUUUGCUGUUGUUUUGUUCACUGUUAAGCUAGUGUAGCUGAAUCUCAAUUCAUUUCCUGCAGAAGUUUCAAUGAAAACAGUAUUUCUGUUGCAAAAGAGAAACUUAAGAGCAGCAAACAAUUCAGUUUGUGUUGACAGAAAAUUAAGAUGAGCAUCUACUACAGUAUCUGGUAAAAUAUUCCAAUAACAAGGACAUUAGAAAUAAUGGCAUGUCUCAAAAAUACCUGCAGUAUAGGUAAAUACAGUGUACUAUUUGAGAAUUGACAACAUAUAUAAAAUAUAGUUCCUAUUAUACUAAAGAAUCAUAAAGUGCAACAGCUGCUGAUGGUUGGAUGCUAGGAGAAUGUUAGGACUUCUAACACUUAAGUGUAUUCUCUUUUAAACUAUCAUGUAAGAAAUCAGAUUGCCAGCAGAUGUUGAUGCAGGUAAACUGCACCUUCACCAUCCUGCAGACAGAUUGCUGUGGAGAGGUGUCUUAGUGCCUGCUGCAGUUUUAUGAAGACAGACUGGCACCAAAAUGCCCAGUCACUUGUGCCUGCUGCAGUAUUUGGCAAAGACAGUUCCACAGAGGUAGAUGUGUCUCAAUAUUAUUUGUGUGAACAGGUUAACAAUCUAUGUGUUAAUGUGUCUUCUGUAAAUAUAAAACAUCAGCAAACACAAAAAUGAUUUGUAAACUCAAAAAACUACACUGUAACCCCCAAUUUGCUCACUCAAUUUAAAAAUGUAGUGGCUUGAACUGAAAAUGUGUCACAUGACCCUUGUCUGACAGGAAUUUUAUGUCAGUUCAAUGUAACUUUUUUGUUGUUUGAGUAUUUCAUUUUAUGUCAUAUGAACACAAAAGCGUAAAAAGUAAAAAAAAAAUCUUUAUAACAAUUUUUUAAUAUUGCAUUUAACUAUAAAAUAUAUGUUAAGUGCACAAUGAUAGUGUUUAUGGGCAUUGAACUAAUUGGCUUUAUAACUUGUAGUCAAAUUAACUCAAAAAUUGUUGACUUAUAAAAAAAUGCCGCACAAGGGUUUUUGUGUCAAGUGAACAAAAAGUACGUCAUUUUGACAAUUCGGAGCAUUUGUGUUGACUUUUCAUUAAAAAUUUGUGUCAUGGAUGGAUUGGGGUUUACAGUGUAUUUGGCAAAUAUAAAAAGGAUCUGCUAUCAAUAUAUUCCAAAAUUAAAAAAACAUAUUUGUGAAUACAUGUAAUUAACUUUAAAUAAAAACACAUACACAUUAAAUAAAAACACAUUUAUCGAUAUCUUCCUAACAUUUACAACUUUCCAACAGAUAUUUUUUUUGAAUCUGUUUUUUAUUUGUGAAUCUCAAUUCUAUGCUUGCAGAUUUGGAUUUUAUGCACACUGAGGCUUUGUAAAUGUAUGGAAUUUGUUUGUGUAUUUGCAGAUGUUUAAUAUUUGCAAAAUACUUUUGUGAGUUUGCAAAUCUUUUUUUUGUAUUUGUAGAAGCUGUUUUAUUAUUACUGAUUACAUAUCCACCAAACAGAUUGUAGAUCUUCUUACACAAAUUAUUUUUGAGACAAUUCCAUCUCUAUAUUUGCAGUGUUUGCAGAUCCGUUUGAUAUUUGCAAAAUAGUUUUUUGAAUUAUUAAUUCUUUAUUGCUUUUGUGGGAGGUGUUUUAAACUUUAAACACCGAGGUUGCUGAUCAGUUCACAAAGAUAAUAUUGACUGAAAUCUAUCUCCAUGUCUGAGUUGGGCCCUUUGUCUCAGUGGAGCUCUACAGCAUUGACCAUGUCAACUCCAACUUUAAUAGAGUUGAGAUGUCAUAAAAUAGCCGGUAUUGGUGUAGGAGGGGGAAAAAAAUGCAAAAACUUCAUAAAAAUCAGUGUUGAAAUAUUUGUACUGGUGGCAGCCAAUUCUUGUGAUGCCUUUAGGUGCAUGAAAAGCACAGGACUAGUUGGAUUUGGUGUGUUUGUUGUACUGUCUGGUGUAGGGCAUGAACUUUAAUGAUUCAGUGAGUUGUUUGUAUUUAUGAAUGGCUUAGUUAUAUAAAGCAGUGUAGGAAGUAUAAUUCAAAGCACAAUUUAUUUUAGAAAUGAUGUGGAAUUAUAAUAUAUAUUCAAUUCUUUACAUUGAUUUGAGUCAGCAUUGAUAGCCAGUGAAUUUGGCUCAGGAGGCGAAUUUUCUCAAAGAUUAAAUUUUGCCUCAGCCAAGAUAUUUAGAUAAAGACAUGAUAUUUAUUCUCCUGAAAGUGGAAUGUGAAUUCCUUUAAAGGUAUUAUGUCCUCUGUCUUUUGUAUUCCAAAUAUCACUCCAAAAAGCACUUUAAAUAAAAGCUGCACUUUUGUUCUGCUGCUUUGUAAUCAGUUGACAAAGAGGGACCAUUUCUAUCCAUGCCUUUGGUUUAAAGUGACAAUCAUGGUACCCUGCUUAUAGAAUCUGAUGAGCUGCAGUUAAACACAACUCCCAUCAUGAUCUGUGUUCAAUUUGCAACAGCCCCUCAUCGAGAUGACAGUCUGGAGUUGAACAUUUUGUACAUAUUAAUGCAAACGUCAUAUUAAGCAAUCAUUGUCAGAUGUACUGAGACACUAAAGUCUCACUGAGUUUUGUGAAAUGAGCACAAAAUUUGAAUUGCAGAUUUCAUCCUGGACAUAAAUAAUGUGAAGACUACUCUAGCAUAAACAGCAUUGUUUGGCAAUAGUGCAAACUAUGGCUGUCAUUAUGUAUUUGAAAUUUGAACAGGCUCGAAAAACUUUAAAUGUUCAAUGUGUAAUCAUCUAUCUAUCUAUCUAUCUAUCUAUCUAUCUAUCUAUCUAUCUAUCUAUCUAUAAUCUACUCUAAAUCAAAAUUCAGCUUACAGUCUAAAAAAUGAUUCAUCAGUUCAACUUAAAAAAAUAAGUUAACAAUUUGUCUGCAUCUUUUUUUUAAGAUAUUUUUUGGGGCAUUUUUAGCCUUUAUUUGAUAGGACAGACAAGUGUGAAAGGGGGAGAGAGAGAGGGAAUGACAUGCAGCAAAGGGCCACAGGCUGGAGUUGAACCCGGGCUGCUGCGGCAGCAGCCUUGUACAUGGGGCGCCUGCUCUACCACUAAGCCACCGACGCCCCUGUCUGCAUCUUUUUAAGUAGUCCCAACUCUGGCAUUAUUGAGCCAAUCAUAUGAGUCUUUUCGAAUCUGACAAAUCCAUCAAGUUUAGUACAACUGACAUAAUAUGCUUUGACUUUAUAAAGCUUAAUUAAGUUGAACCAACCUAAUAUUUAGCCAAAGUUGUGGUAAUGUUUAGUGGUCAAGUAAUUUUCUGCUAACGUUUAAUGGUGAAUAUUUAUAGCAGAUUAUUAUGAUACCAAACCAUUUGAGAAGUUAGGGAAAGGAUCUUUUAAUUUUAUACCUUUAUGUAACAGUGUAGUUUUACAUUAGAUUAGGUGGGAUACACUUGAAUUAACUACGUUAGUUCUCGUUCAAUUUUUUAUUUUAUUUUUUAAAAGGUGACAGGCCAAGUACAAACAGGACAUUCUACCUGGAGAAAACUUUAUUUUGUCAUGGAUUCGUCUGGUUUGCUACCAAAAUGAUGGCAGUUGUACCAAAAGCCAUCAGAAGCAUCUCCCUCAUGAUGAAUACACUGCUCUUCUGUAAAACACACUUUUUUUUCCCUCUUUGGAACUACUUUGUGGUCUUAGCAGAUGUUUCUUGUCACGAUUUUGUGCUCCUUUCACAACAUUUCAUGGGACCAAAGAUGUAUGUGUUUGGGAUGAGAAGGAAAAUGCUAUUGGCUCUAAAACAUGACUUUUUCUGAUUUAGUACUGUGUGCUCCUGUCUGUUCUGUAGAAUCAAAAUUGUGUACUGGAUGUCGGUGGUGGAACCCUUAUAAAAAGUUUCCUUACUGUUGGGAAAUUAUGUCAUACUGCAGAGCUUAAAAAAUUAUUAAGAAAAACAAAUAGUGAUCCUGACCUAAUAGAAUAACAAAUUAACCCUUACUUCUCUUCAUCCAAAACUGAAGUAAAUAGAUAGCAAAAAGAAAGGUGCAAAUGCUUUGUCUGAAUUUAUAACAAUGUUAGUCUCUUAUUUGCAUAAUAAAAGUGGGUAUUUAAUAUAUUCAUAUGUUAUAUUAUUUGUUCCCCUUAAAGAGGCACACUGGUGCUUUGCUUUUUUAUCCCAUUACUAACAAAUAAUGCCUCCCUUAUCUUACUGCGGAGCUGUUCCUAAAGCAUAUCAUCAGAUUCUAGAUUGAUUUCCUGCUCUUUUGUUUAGACAGCAUAGCUCAACAGUCAACCCAAAGACAAACUGUAAGAUAAUAUAGAAAAAGGAUCAAGUGAAUUAGUAAACUUCUUGCAUUAAAAGGAUUGCCUUUGGGAACAGCGAGGGCUGUUUGCAAAUAACUGUGCAGACUGAAUGAGAAAGAAUUUGGGCUUCUAAUUGAACCUACUGCUCUUACUUGCUUAUCUUUCUUUGUGUGCACAGUUUUUCUGUGUGAUUAUUUCAGGUGCACCCACUUUCAGUUUGAUCUCCAGGUGAAGUGGUUUAGGUCACCUGGAUUAUUAUGCUUUCCCUAUAUUAAGCCUCAAAUUACAUGCUUCUCUCCUGGAAACUUUAGAGUUCAAAUAUGCAGAAAUGAUGGACCUAUAAAAUAAAGUGUUACUGUUUAUUUGCAUGGCAUACUGACAUGAAUGGAAACUACUGAAUCUGAAAACCACUGAUCUUUUUAGUAACAUAAAGAGCGUGCAAUUUGAAUUUGAGCAUCUUAUACCCUCACACUCUGUGUACGUAAAAGGUUGCUGUGAAAAGGAUGUAGAUCUCUCACUGAUAGAGAACAGCAGCUGUGGUCAGCUUGUCUUCAACGGCAGCAAGAUAUGAUACAAAUAAGUGGUGAACAAGGCCUUCGGUUGUUUAACUUCAACUGAAUUUAAUUUAAAUUUAAGAUUGUUUUGUUAAAUCAUCCCAACUUAUGUGCUUUGACACACGCACAAAAAGUUGAGGUCCACUGGAUAGCUUUCUCUGGAGCUUAGGAAGACCAUGAUAUGACACCAGAGUAUUAGCACACAAGAAGGAGUGCAUUCAGCCAUAUUUAGACCACAGCUGCUCUCCCUUGUCACUCAAGAAAGUACAAACAGCAGCUGAGGACAGAUUUUUACUUUGGGAUGAUCAGUACCAUGCAUAAUGCUGGUAUGGUCUUGUGAGAAAAUCAAAUGUUGAGUGGACAGUCAGCAGAGAGCUACAGGGGGAGGGCUACAGGAUGUUGGACUUUGAUGAACAACUUGGUGAAAGGAGAUCUGGACUGUUAACAAAGAUCUAAUGUUUCCAACCUUGACGCCUUAAAGCACCUUUACUAUUUGACUAUUUUUGCUUAUUUGAAUUCAUGUGCUUUGUUUAUGCAAAUAAGAAAUUAUUUUGAAAAAGGUCCACGGGUCAAAGCCCACAGUGAAGUAGUUCUGAUAGGGAUAGGUAAUCAAAGAAAAGAUGUGGGACUCACCUUGACAAAGUGUUUGUGUAUAUUUGUGGUUGUGCAGGUAGAGUGAUGUGAAUGUAUGCACACUCAAGAAGACAUUCUGGUUUGCCGUUUUGUUUUGCCCUCUGUUUAACAUCAGAGUGUUGGAGUGGGAAACAUAGAGAUGUAGAUGUCUGGUAAUCAUUUAAAAAUGAACUGAAGUGAAUAAUGAAAAUGUGAAAAGGUGUGUAUUUAGAUAAAUGUAAUGUAAUACAUUGGUGUGUCCUAUAGUCCUGUAGAGUAAGACUUAAAAAACAAGGACGUUUUGUACUCUAGCACUUUCUUUAAUGUGUACUGUAUUAGUUCAUCUUCUACAUGUAAAGUACUGUAUGAAUAUUCAUUACUUGCCUUGUAAUGUUUGAAACGAUGCUACGUUUAGAAAUGGUAACCAAGAAAACAAAGUUUUUAGAGUGUAUGCAUGCCAAUGGUUGGGUCCCAGUAUAAUAGGAAAACUAUAUGAAAAAUGGUGCUAUGUUAUAUUAUAUAAAGGUGCUUCUAUGGACCCCAGCUGAAUGCAUGCAAAGAGGAACUAUCAAAAGACGAAGAAAAAAAAAAGAAAAGAAAAUUGAUGUCCUACUGCUGUUUUCAAAUAGUGCUGCCUCCCAAAGAUGUCGGAAAUGUGGAAAUUCCAACUUUCUAUUUGUUAAAAUGCAACAGCCUCUCAAGUUAUUAGGCUAUUCCAACUCUGGUGUACGAUACAGAACAUCAUAAUGUCAGCAGGCUCCACAAACUUGAGCACACUGUGUUACUUUCACCCUGUUGAGAUUCCUCCAAACAUAACGUUUAGUGUUUGUUGGGAUGGAGCAUUUUAACUUGGACGAAGAAAGUUUAAGUGGAGAAUCAACUUGGAUAUGGAGGUUGUUUUUACAAUCAGUCAGCUGGGAAUUUCCAACUGAAGACUAGAAAUGGAACUCCUAGUAGGUGGCAGAUAUCCUACCUGAUCACAAACGGUGAAGUCUAACUGUAAAUGUCAACAGUACCAGCCUCCACAGCUCUCAGACAAACUGUUUGUAGCCCUGAGCCAGUAUGCUAAAAUACAGAAAUUGGCCAGUAUUUAUAAAGACAACAUAAACCAAUAAUAUCUCCAACUUCAGCAGUCAGUCAUGAGGUGGUUCUAUUAUUAAGAAAAGAAAAGUGUCUAUUUACAGUUACACUGCCUUUGUGACAAAGGUCUAAAAGAUCUAUAGACAAUCUAACGACAUCAUUUUGUACUCUUAAUUCUUCAGAUGUUUAUGUGUUGAAAUAUUUUUUCAUGUAGCAGAAUUAUAGGACAGCAAACAUCAAUAUAGACUUUAAAAAAUCAAAGUUUGAGUGUGGAGAACUUUGUGCUGAUUGAUGCUGGAAAAGAAUUUGGAUGGGAAAAGAAAAUAUGUAUGCUUAUUGGUUGUAUUGACCAUCUUUCUUUUUAUGUUGUUCAUUAAAUGUUUUACAGGAUUAUCAACACUUUGAUUUGUGUUCCAUUUGAAGACUCCAGCCUGUGCCAUACUAUACUGUAUGCAUCUGUGAGCUGUUCACAGUGUUAUUUUGCUGAGGUAGCCAGAAGCACGUCCAUGUGAAAGAGGUGGGGCUGUUAAUCAGUGAUGCAAGGUAGUUACCACAGGCCCCAGUGCAUGCUAUUGUGACGGGUGCUAGUGCAUGCUAGUUACUGGUGCUACUUUUUCCUCCUGAUGGUUUCUGUCUUGUCCUUUCUUACUGCCACUGUUAUGUCUGAAAGACAUGACUACUUACUGGACUUGCAGAUGUGCUCAGCUUGUCAGUCUUGACAGAUUUUGCACCUAAACUAGCUACUGUAUCGUAUCCAAAUAGAGACUUGACAUUCGGCAACAUCAACGUAUGUGCCACCCAACAAUCAGACUUAAAUUACGUGUAGGCACACUAGGCUAUAUGUGACAUUACUAUAGAGUAUGUUUUGCUACUUAGUUGGAUGAUAAUGAAGCUGCUCUGAUUAUGCUACAUAAAACACAUCAAAGGAAUGCCAGACUGCUUCUGCUACUACAGUAAAGAGUGGAAAUGUAAAUAAUGACUGAUGAGGUCUAUCUGACCGAAAUGUGGCAUUUAUAAUAACAGGAGCCAAUUAACACUGUAUGGAUUAUCUUAGUAAUUACAUAUUGUCUUUUUUCCUCGUUCUCAUCACACAGAUUUCUCAUGUUAUUUUGAGAUGCAGUAAUGGAAUCAGAGUGUAAAAUAGCAACACUAUCACUGUGAACUAAAAUAAACUUAGUAAGUUAAAAUAAAAAAUCAUGUGUUUAGUGUUAUAAACCAGUGGUUUCUCCUUAGUCAUUAGUUCAAGGUCCACAGUUUAAUAUAUUCAGCAUCAUACUUGUGUUGUGCCAUGUCCUAGAGCUAGUUUGCUAAGGAGCUGUCUGAUAGUUACUCACUCUACAGCAGGAAACUGCACUGCAAAUGUGCCAGAAAUUCACUGUACUUCAAAAUAAUGUUUUUGUUUGUUUGUUUGUUUUUUAAAAAUCUGACACAUUUGCAAAUCACUCGCAGACAUUUCAGAAUGGACCAGCGACCCACUUUUGGACCGCGACCUACGAGUUGGGGAACCACUGCUGUAAAUGAUCUCUGUGUUUGUUAGAAGCUCUGUUUUAAAACCAGUAGAAAUAGAAACAAUGAAAUGAUUCUACUCACCUGUAACAAUAUAUAUAUGGGCUACUCUUUUUUACCUGAGACUCCAGACUUUUGUCCAUGGAUACUUUUUUCUUCAGUAAUCUGAUUGGUCAGAGGUUGGGCUGUUGACAGGCUGUGAUCAGAUACUCUAACGUUAACCUGUUCUGGAGCAGGUUAGCUGUUUAGCAUAAGUUACCAUGGUGAUUUAACCUCACAAAAAAACAAACAAAAAAAAAAUUAAGUAAUAAUAUUAAGUAACUAAGUAUUUGUCAACAAAUCCCAUGUGCAAACCAACUAUGA